GCAUAAACUUGACAAGAACAAGUCACCUCGACAUUUUCAGUACAUAAAAUCAGAAAACCCCCCAAAAAUGGUCAAGAGGACAAUCACAGGUGUUAAAAUUGUAGAUAUUCAGAAGAGAAAGGUUCCUAGCAAACAUUAUGUUUAUGUAAUAAGUGUUUCUUGGUCUGAUUCAAGUGUCAAUGUUGUAUACAGAAGRUACAGCAAGUUUUUUGACUUACAGACAAAACUUAUAGAAGAAUUUCCAUUGGAGGGUGGAGURCAGAACCCUAGUGCAAGAGUACUUCCUUUUCUUCCAGGCAAAAUUAUCUUUGGGAGAAGUCACGUCAGGGAUGUUGCUGAGAAAAGGAAAGAACCUAUUAACGACUACUGUGCUAAACUGAUUGCUUUAGAGCCAAAGAUAUCUCAAUGUGACUUGGUGAUAAAGUUCUUCAAGGCAGAGCCAGAAGAUGUUGAUAUCCCAACAGAAAAGAAGAAAGAAAAGAAAAAAGACACAGCUGAUGUGAUAUCAGAUCCCAUAUCCCUGGAGCAAUAUGUUGCCAUCGCAGACUACAAAAAGCAAAAUCGCAAUGAAAUUAAUAUGGUAGCUGGGGAUGUAAUUGAGGUCAUUGAUAAGAAUGAGAAUGGCUGGUGGUUCGUUAAUCUUGAUGAAGAACAGGGCUGGGUACCUGCAGCUUAUCUUGAAACUGUGGACGGACAGACAGAUGAAAUGACUUGUACUGAAGUCACAUCACUAGAAGGUAACCAGUUCAUCACAUCGACUGCCCACAAGGCCGAGCUGGACGAUGAAGUGAGCUUUGAAAGAGGCGUUAUUGUGACCGUUUUAAGAAAGAAUUUUGAUGGCUGGUGGUUAAUAAGCUAUCAAAACAAAGAGGGUUGGGCACCAGCAAUGUACCUCAAAAAACCCGACCCAAUGCAGCUACGAGCAGCGGAAAUGGGUGGGGGUCUACCGAAGAUGGAACCAACCAAACCUGUCAUGCAGCAACGUACAACUAGUGUAGGUAACAAGGGAAGGAAGAUACCUCCUCGAAAAGCUUCUGUUAAGCGUUCAAUCAAAAAACCGGUUGCAAUCACCAAUCGGGCUUACGAGAAGUCAUUUGAACCUGUCAAGGAAUGUAAACUAGUACGACCAGAAGCCGAAUACUUCACUCUUAGUGAGUUUCGAGCUAUUGGGAUUCAAUCAGGUCUCGACUUUGACCCGGGAGAAGCUAUAGAAGUUAUGGAGAAGKCGCCGAAUGGUUGGUGGUUUGGGAAAAUUGGCGGACACGAAGGAUGGAUUCCAUCUUCCUACAUUGGUAAACGUGAAAAGAGCAACAAAGAAUCCUCGAAUAAUUCGACGCCUCGAAGACCUGAACCACCCAAAGCAGAUAGUAAGCCUAACAAGGGUGGGUUUCAAAAUGAUCUUGCUUCAGCCCUUGGCGCAGUUUCUUUGAGGAAGUCCACUGUGAUACAGGACAAUAAAAAAGACUUGUUUAUCGCUGUUGCUUCCUUUGAAGACAGCGCGGAAGGAGUUUUGUCACUUAAAGAAGGUGAUGUUGUAGAAGUUGUCGACCAAAGCGAAGGAGAAUGGUGGCUUGUUAAAUUUAACGAUGCCGAGAGCUGGUUUCCUUCGAGUUAUUUGAAACGACACGAUGGUGCAGUGGAAAACCGGUCAAAACCGGUUAUCACUAAACCUAAACCACCUCAGAAGCCGAAUACCAAACCGUCACCACCCGCGUUAAAACACAGAUACGACAAACCUGCUUUUCCUGCAAAACCGGUUGUUAACGAUGAUCAUAAACAAACUAAGGUUCCUGUGCAUAAAUACGAUAAACCUGCUUUUCCUGCCAAACCAGUUCUGAAGGGAGAUCMAAAUCAAGCCAAGAACUCGCCUGCAGAACCGCAAAAGAAGAUUGGAAAACUGAACACCGCUAUGUUUGAAAGUAAAAUUCCUCUUGGUCAGGGUCCUCAGCAGCAUCAUAAUGACAUUAAAACGGCWUCAAAACCAGUUGUGACUUCUACCAAACCAGUUUUAACCGAUAAAAYUUGUGUYGCUAUCGCAUCKUUCACUAGYGACGAUGACAGUGGAGUGAGCUUUUCUCWAGGGGAAACAUUUCAAUUUCUUGAAGAUUCUGGGUCUGGUUGGUGGUUGGUGAAGACAAAUCAAGGACAGGAGAAAUGGGYUCCGGCWAGUUACCUCGAAAUGAAAAAAUCAGACAAUACAAGUGAAUGCAACAAAAGACAACGGCGGGAACCUCCACCUCCACCAUCCACAAAACAAACAAGUUCAAAACCUGUUAAACCGGUUCCUCCAAAACCUGCUAAACGUGAUGUUCAWAAACCUCCUAGACCAAGUCCUCCUAAGAAGCCUGGCGCACCUUCGAAACAGUUGUGUGUUGCAAUAGCCACAUUUGCUGAUGACGACGAGGGCUCRGUUAGUUUUCAGGAGGGKGACACACUAGAAGUUUUGGAACAGAACGAGGGAGGUUGGUGGUACGUGAAGACUGGGAACGAAAUGCGUGGAUGGGCGCCAUCGAACUUUCUUCGUCCAAUGUGAAUUUGCGUCGAGUAAAUUAAUCUUAUAAUUCAUAAAUCUCAACGUUUUCUGCCCAGUCAUUUUGGAUAUGUAUAGAACACCCACAAAAGUUAAAUUCAACACAAAUUUAUUAUUACAUCCAAAAACCGUAGAUAUACAUAGAUACAUUAUAUAUAGCCUAAAUUAUUUCAUUGUAACUCGUGUUUUAAUUUUUUGUAUUAUGAUGUCAAUAGCAAAUAGGAAACUAUAUUUUUGAAAAAUAUUCUCUCACUUCAAUAAAUCACCAUGUCUUUAUUAUGAAUUGAAACAGUGAUUUUUUUGUUAGUUCACUAUAACUAAACCUCUAUCCCAGCUGUUAUCUGAGCGG